AUGACCUCGAUCCAGCUACCUCCACUCCAAUUCGAAGAUGGAGGCUUCCGCGUGUCUAUCAUCCAGGGAAGUUCAGCCACGCCGGGUGGAGGCCGUCCCUUCCCACGCCGGCAGGAGCCCCAACCCGAGCCGGAAUCUGUUUCAGAGUCCAAGCCGCACGCCGCGUCCAAAUCAUUCCUGAACAGUGGAUCACAGUCAACAUCCGAGGACGAGGAUGGGUCUGUUUUCGAAACGGCAUCCGUCGCAGCGUCGUCAAAGCUCGACCUCGAUUUUCCACAGCCCCGUAGGGUGUUAACGCCCCGAGCGAAGACUCCAACGUCCGAGAUUGAGAUUCAGAUCGACGCCGAGCCGAUGACUCCCCCAGAACGGUUGACAGACGCGUCGGAUCAAAUACAAAUCGAGCUCGAUAUUGAACCAAGGCCGUCGAUCUCCGACUCGAUCCUGCGCGGGGAGAAUAACGUGACCGAAAUGCCCACACACGAUGACGAAGCGUUGGUACCGAACAUUCCUUCACAUCCAAUUCCUCUGAUGCAGCUGGCGUUCGCCGAGUCGCUGGCGGAAGUGACUACGGGUCCUUUGCGCAAACCACGGCUCCGCGAAUUCGACGCAAGACAGCGGCGAGAGAGGCUCCUGGGUCAGACCAAGGAUGACGAGCCAUUCGAUGCACCAUGGCGCUACCGACCUGGCCAGAAGGAGCAUGAAGUCGUCAAGCUAUUGUCGCAAAUCUCAUUCGGCGUCUACUUACUACUCAACGGCAUGGCCAACGACCAUGCGCAGGUUGUCGGCAUCCUGCAAGGCCAUAUUGACGAGGUCGACGAGUUUCUCGAGGUCACACUGGAAGACCUAGCGGAAGCCUUGGCUGACCUGGAAGACCGCAUCCUGUCUUUACGGGAGACGAUGUCGACCGGAAAGGAUUUCGAAGAGAGGCUAGAGGAUCGGAACUAUCGAGCCGAGAUUCUGGAAAACAACGAAGAGAUUGAUCACAUUUUGGCGAGAAUGAAUGUGAUCAUGCGGCAGUGGGAUGACGACGUGGAAGCAGGUCUGCACGGCGUCUCUGCCUUUAAGGAGUGGUUGCAGGAGCUGAGAGAUGGGCCGUGGAGGAAUGGGCGCCCCGACCUGGUGGAGAUACACGAUGCCAUGAAGGGUAACGCCGACGCUUGGCUGAAUGCUUUCGACGAGACGAACAGCCGAGCACAGGAUCUGAAUAGCCUAAUCAUCAAGCUCAUGACCAUCACAGCCGAAAUGGCGCAGAAGGCGGGCGAGGUCAGUCGCAAGACGUGGUCCACCAUCCCUCCGUACACUUCCCCCAUAUCCGGGAGUCUCAAGAGCAAGACAUCGAUAUCUUCGCCGCCCUCGGUACGAUCGAAUCCCAUGUCCAAUGCCCGCAUCAGUAUUAGGAGCGGUUCGACCUCAUUCGCGCAGCUGUCGAUGAUGGAGGACGGUGACUCGGACGAUGGGCUCGAGGGUUUUCCACUCCCGGGUGUGACCCCAUUAUUGCCACCAACGCGAUACAGUGGUAACAGAGUCUCCAAGAAGAUGUCUAUCGAAACGGCAAAAUGGGGCGCAGAGCUCAGCGCGUCAAAGCCUCCUACUGUACAGGAGGUGCCAGAGGAAGAAAAGGAGGACGGGCCCUUGUACCUGUUGCAGCCAAGGACCUACACGCCCGUACUCCCCGAGCCUAUGCCAUCACCCAGGGUCAAGGAAGCGCCGGCACCGGCGCCAUCAACAACACCCACGUCCACCACUACUACUCAGCAACAACACGAGGCACUUCCACAAAUACAGUCUCGAGGCUCCAUUCGCCAUCGCGUGUCUCUAAAAGGGGCACCGCCCGAGGAUAUCCUGAUACCGCCGACGGUCAAGCCUGGAGGUGUGAAUGGACGAGGCUCGCCGGCCUUCGUUUCUCGGCGUAGCCACAACAACCAUCAUCUACAAACAGGGGACUUGGAAGCAAGCUAUCACCGCGCCCAGGGGUCGUCGGGCAGUAGCAUGUUGGACGUGGACGCCCAUCGUCAGCAUGCUCUUCCUCGCGUUGCUUCUCACGCUGAGUUGGGUCCGGCACGGCCACCACUGAUGGCGUCGCCAAGUUCCGACUUUCAGCACUACCACCCAGUGCGAGCCUCACCUCACUCGCCGUUGCAGCAGAGACCACAUACAGCGGCUGGGCCGCAGCCGUAUCCCACAACACCCAGCUACCCGCAACACCUACGCGGCCAACCGUCCCGCCUUGGAAGCAUAGCACCGACGAGCGCCGGCGAUCAGACAACGCGUCAAGGAACCCCUUCCGUCCAGACUGGACGAACUGUAAAGAAGAAGAAAAGCGCCUUUGGCUGGUUUAAAAAGGCGUUCACCAUGGACGACGACGAAAAGGCAGCAUUCGAAGCCCGCAGGCAAAUGGAUGCCCCCGAUAACUACUACAAGGACAAGAGUCCUAAAUUCCUCGACGGCAAGAGGCUGAGAUAA